ACCCUCGUAUCGAGCGCAGAGACUUUAUUUUCCCUGGAUGACCGUCAGUGUGGAGUCUCUGAGGGAAACAACAUGAAGAACGAAGCUCUUCUGGUGUUAUUGCUUUUUUAUCACGCUGUAUCCGGGACAGUGUUCUUGAGGAGAGACGAUGCUAACUCUGUGCUGAGGCGCUUCAGGCGCGCGAACUCAGGCUACCUCGAGGAGGUGAAGCAGGGAGACCUGGAGCGCGAGUGUAUCGAGGAGGUCUGUGACUACGAGGAGGCGCGCGAGGUGUUCGAGGACGACGUGCAAACGAAUCAGUUCUGGAUAUCAUAUAAUGCUCGUGAGCCCUGCUUGACAAAUCCAUGCAAAAACAAUGGGACCUGCAUAUAUUUGGGACAUUCCUACAUCUGCCAGUGCCAUGAAGGCUUUGAGGGCAAAUACUGUCAAGAAGCGAUUGAGGAUACUCUGAAGUGUCUUUAUAUGAAUGGUGGCUGUGAGCAGUUCUGUGACGGUUCAGGUCGCAGGAGAAAGUGCAGAUGUGCCCCAGGUUAUGAUCUUGGAGAAGACAGGAAGUCCUGCAUUGCUCAAGUUCAGUAUCCAUGUGGUAAGGCCCCACUGCACAAUACACAGACAGGCUUACUGCAGGCUGUGGGUGGAAAUCAGUGCCCGAAAGGCCACUGCCCUUGGCAGGUCCUUUUGAAAUAUGAUGGAGAGAGUCUCUGUGGAGGAGUUUUAGUGGACACUAACUGGAUCCUUACGGCUGGUCACUGUGUCAAUAAGACAGAUGUAAAAUAUAUGAAGGUUGUAGCAGGGGACCAUAAUAUCGAUAUGGUGGACGGCACAGAACAAGAGUUUUCCGUAUCACAAGUAAUUAUCCACGAGAGCUAUGACCCAGCAUCAGCAGACAGUGACUUGGCUCUUUUGCGGCUCAGCAAACCAGCGAAACUUUCAAAUUACACCGUUCCUAUCUGUUUACCAACUCCGGAGCUGGCCAAAAUGGAACUGGAUGCCGUUCGCUUCCACACCGUUAGCGGAUGGAGCCAGCACACCGAAGGAGGCAACAUUCGUAGCUCUCAGUCCUUAAAAAUCAUAUCCCCUGUACUCCGUAAGCUCGCUGUCCCAUUCCUGCCUAGAUCAGAGUGCUCUGUUAAGAGUGGGGUUAAUAUCACAGAUAACAUGUUCUGCGCCGGUUACUUUGAGGGCACCCAGGAGUCUUGUCGAGGAGAUGACGGCAGUCCUCUGAUUACUCAGUACAAGGACACUCAUUUCCUGACAGGGAUAGUGUCAUGGGGCAAAGGAUGUGACCAUCCAGGCUACUAUGCCAUAUACACCAAGGUUGCCAACUUCCUGGAUUGGAUUCAGCGUGGCAUGGCUAAACCAGUCGUCAAACCGGUUUCCAUCAAGGCAGCACCGAUUGCCGAGCAGUUCAUACAGACCUGAGCUUAGUUUGUUGAAGAUAAGAGUAAAUGUAAUCAGUUGCUGAUAUCAUUUUCUGAAAUAAAGAUAAAUUCAUAAUCAA